CACCUCGCGUUAUCCCACGAGGCCACACCACAACCUCAGCCCGAUAACCAUCCACCUACGGUCCUACGCCGACUCGCCGCCGAAACCCUACGGCCCAAAUCGGGACCCCCCGCCCCUUCCCCCCCGCUCGUCCCUCUCCCCCGCCGCGAGGUUUGGUAAUCCGGCCGGCCCGAAGCGGCGGAUCAAAUCCCGCUCCUAGCUGUCGGCGCCAAUCUCGCGCCCCGGGCAUGGCGGAGCUCUUGGCGUCUUGGGCCGCCGAGGAGCGGUGGAUGUACCCGGCGUUCCUUGCCAUGUACGCCGCCAUCUAUUUCGUCGGUCAACUGGCCUUGUUCCGGCAGUGGGCGUGGCGGCACCGGCUGGACGGCGCCAGCUGUCUCAUCUCGCUCGCCCACGGCUCCGCCGCGGCGCUUGCUGCCGUCGCGGCCAUCGCCGCGCAGCCAGCGGAGGAGCGGGGCUUUGCAGUCCCCAACUCCCGCCUCCAGGACCACGUCCUCGACUACAGCGUCGCCUACUUCACCAUGGACCUGCUCCACUACCUCGCUUUCCUCCCUGGGGACAUCCUCUUCAUCGCCCACCACCUCGCCACGCUCUUCGUCUUCAUCACCUGUCGCUACCUCGUCCACCAUGGCGCAUACGCGCUCCUCGUCCUGCUCUUUCUCGCAGAGAUCACCAGCCUCCUGCAGAACGUCUGGACCCUCGCCGGGAUCUGGCGAGCUGAGGUUCCAGCUGCUGCCAGGGUGUACAACGCCCUCUCGCUGCCGUUCUAUGUGCUAUACACCAUCGUCAGGGGCGUCGCCGGACCACUAUUCUUCCUCAAGAUGAGCCUGUUCUACCUGUCGGGGCAGGCGGUGGACGUUAUCCCAUGGUGGGUGCGCAUAUCUUGGAUCAUCGUCGUCGGCACUGCUAUCACGGUGAGCAAUCUGUGGAUUUGGAAUCUUUGGAAGGUGAUGUUUAGGGAACGGAAGCAGAGUAUGGAAAAGAAAGCCACAUAGUUGUGGCCUUGUAGGUAUACCAUGUACCUGUUAGGGGCUCAAUUUGUCAGAAUCGUGGUGUACUGGUGAUAGCUGAUGAGGAUGAUAAUUGAUAAAAUUGAUGUUUCCUCAAAAAAUGCUUAUGAAUUAGUGAUAAUGGAUACUUUGAGGAUAUUCAUGGAGAAUGCAUGCUUUGAUAUCUGUCCCUUCAGUCAGCCAUUUAGGUGAGAAAUUUAAUUAGUAAUCUUGUUUAGUAGUGUGCUUCUGUGGACAUUUGCUACUACAUAGUGAAUUUGUCUUGGUGUGCC